AUGGCCCCCAUCAUUACUCAACGCCGCUCCACAGAACGUACUGCUGCGCCAUCCUACAGCAGGCGAGCAUUGUCUUCCCACAACGAUGUUUCACUCGCCAUUGGCCUCACCGUAUCCUUGGUUUGCUUUGUUGUUAUUCUUGUUGCAGUAUGGUGUCUCUUGAGGAGGAGGAGGAUCAUGAGGCUGGGGGCGACACCUGUGGGCUUGGAGUCACCCGUCGAUGAAACCUUUUCACCGGUCGUUGAGAUAUGUUCGAAUUCCACUAAAUCUUUGUACAAAUAUGAGGGAGACUCAUCGUCGUACUAUUCCCCACUAUCCCCGGUAGCUCCCCUAGAGCUUGAUGCUGGAACACCAAGGAGCGACGUUUCGCCUUUUUCACAAUAUCCGCCAGUAUCAAACAGCUUAUCGAGGUAUACUCCUACGAACGGAGAGUCAUCUUCUGCUUCAAAACGAACAUCUCCAUUCAGUAAGGAGUACUACUUUACGGAACCAGACCACAGAAGUCAUCCAAUAAACACUGGCUUCGGCUCAGCGGGCACUGGAAGUAGUAGAUACCCAAGGAAGCAGGACAUAAACGUUCAAAUCAAUUUCGUCAACCCGCGUGACGUAGAGUACCGACCGAACCGCGUCCUACAAGCCGAAGAACACGCUAUCUAUCUGUCAUCGUUAUCACUUCCUUCCCGAGGUCGACCAGCAUCUAUAUACGACAGACCUCCAUAUUACAUAGGGAUGGACGCAUCAAACAUAGAUACUACCAACAAAGGUAGCCAAAGGACAUCCCCUAGCCCACUCUCCGACCGCAAUUCCGUUCAGCGAAUCUCGACUCUCCGCGAGAGUCUGCAAGAUCUUCAUCGCCUGUCAAUUAUCGAUGUCCCGAGUGAAUCAUCCCACGAUCACGGAAAGUCAACCCAGAAACAAGAGAAACGUCGGAAUCAGCGAAGCCACAUGAUGGAAACUUCCUCCUCAACCUCAUUCUCAACACCACUAUCCUACUCCAACAAAUCCAGCCCCAUCUCAACAACCACAAGCCCCGCCUCCUCAACCACCUCCUCCAGCACCACCACCUCCCCAUCCACAACAACAACAACCUCGCACUCCCCCACCAGCCCCUCCACCCCCGUAUUCCAAUGCCCCUCCUGCCGCCUCACCUUCCGCACCCCCGGCCUACGCCGCAACCACCACAACCGCAGACACAACCUACGCUACACAUGCAUCGUCUGCACAGCGCCCUUUGGCCUACGAGCCGACCUGGAUCGCCACCAGUAUACCAGACACCCGGAGCAGUACCGGGCUGCGGACCGCUUCUGGUGUACGGUUGAGGGGUGCGAGAAUCCGGGGAAGGAAUGGAGUCGGAAAGAUAACUUUGAGAGGCAUGUUAGGAGGUGUGAGGGGAGGGGUGAGGGGAGGAGGGCGAAGGGGAAAGAGAGGGUUGGCUGA